AUGGUUAGCAUUAAUGGGAAUAUGCCGCGGUUUCCGGUCGCUGCAUUGAAUGAUCCUACGAAACAAGCCGAGAUUUAUCGUUAUUUGGAAACUUUAAAAAAAGACGAUAGCGGAUGGAAAAAGUCUAUUGACGCCAUUAUUAACAAUAACGCAUUAAGCCCUGAAGAGCACUUUUUAAUGCUCCAAGUUAUUGAAGAUUUCCUGCAGGCGCGCUAUCAUCAUGCAUUGCCGGCUGAUAAGCAAAUUAUGCGAGAUUUCUUUAUUUAUUAUAUUAAAAAGUUUCAAGGUUUACCUGAAGAUCCACCAAUAUUUCUUACAAACAAAAUGGCUCAAAUAUUUGCACUCGCUUUUGCUGCCGAUUUUCCUGAUAAAUGGAAUACAUUUUUUCAAGAUUUAUUUUUUUCACAAAACUUCGUAGAUCGAAAAAUUGCAUUUUUCUAUCUGAAAGUUUUGCUUGCAAUCGAUUCGGAAGUUGUUGAUCGGGAUAUUCAACGAACCAAAAAUGAAAGGGAAAGAAAUGUCAAAAUUAAGGAUGCCAUGCGUGAAAUUUGCAUUACACAAAUAGCCCAGAGCUGGACAACAAUCAUGAAUUCUGUCGACAAUGACACAGUUCAGUGCCUUGUUUUGGAAUCUAUCGCUUCCUACGUUGAUUGGAUUGAAGUUGAUCUUGUGGCGAACGAUACGGUCAUGGCUUUAGUCAUUGAUCGGCUUGCAAGAGCUUCGACAUCGGAGGCGGCGACAAAUGCUGUUUGCGGGCUAUUGCAAAAAGGAAUGCCAGCUGACAAAAAAGUCGGAUUGACAUUAACUCUGAUGAACGUAUUUCGCGCGAAUGGUCUCCUUUCGAUCACUGAGUCAAGUGAUGAAGACGAUAUCACUCGUGUCGGUUCAUUGGUUAACACUUUGGGAUUGGUUCUACUCGACGUUUACCAAAAACUAUGCAUGAACUCGAUAAUGGACGAACAGCAGAAACAAUGCGUCGCCGAACUUGCUGCUCUUGCUCAGCCUGCUCUUGACGUUCUCAAUAACGAAAAUCCAGAGCUCAGUGAGCUUUCAAUCGAUAUUCUGAGAGCCUAUAUCAUAUUCAUUCUUAAAUUCUUCCCAGAAAGCACAGAUGUUAUUGCAAAAGCCAUUCAAAUAUCUUUAGCACGAUACGUGAUGGGAGAAGAUUUGAAUGUGGAUGGUGGUGGUGAAGAUGAAGCAGAAUUUCAGGAGUAUCGUAAAGAACUUCGUUCUAUUCUCAAUGUUAUUGGUGUUAAGAGACCAGAAGUGAUAAUAUCUGCUAUCGAACCAUGGGCAUUGGAAGUGACUACUGGAGGAUCGCAAGUAUCUGUUCCUCGAAUUGAAGCCCUUCUUCAUAUUGUAUUCCAUCUUCAUGAAAUUAUUCCAAGUAACAUGCUUCAAAAUCCUCGCGAUGAUGUGGCUCAAAGGGCCGCACGGAUUCCGAUCGCAAUUCUUGAAGGUUUGGUACUAGAUGGGCGUUCAGCUACUAUUCAUGUCACAUAUUUUGAGCUUGCGUGCCGAUAUGAACGUCUUCUCACAUUCCAACAACAGCCUGCUGUAAUUACACACAUCGCCGCCGCAUUCCUUGAUCAACGCGGAAUAGCCAUUCCAUGUAUCAACGUUCGAACUCGUAUAGUGUAUUUGUUUUGCCGAUUUGUGAAAGCUCAUAAAGUUGUACUGAGCAAGUUGGUUGCAGAAGUAAUUACUCGCCUCGCACCUUUAUUAGCGGUUUCUCCACAAUCUGAAGCAAAUCAGCUGCUUUCUUCGGAUGACCAAGCUUAUAUUUUUGAAGCAACCGCAACGCUGAUCGUUUUUGGAGAUUUGUCUCCUGAUUUGAAGGCACAAUACUUCGGUGAACUUGCUUCAACGCUUGUCUCGAAAUUCGAAGCAGCUCUUGCUGAAUUAAACACAGCGCGAAGUCGAAAUGCAGAUGAAGAGACGAUUCAAACGAUUUUGACAUUCAUGUCAAACAUUAUCAUCUACUGUAGUCGAAUGUCGAAGGCGUUUACGAAUGUUCAAUCAAUGAAAUCUUGUAACUGUGUGGAUAUUUACUUAAGGCUAAUUAAGCUUUUCAUUGAUACUCUCUCGGUGGAGAAUUCGUUCCUUUUGGAAUCAACUCGUCAAUUUGCUCAUCGUCUUGUUGUUUCGAUGGAGGAAGAACUGAUGCCGUUUAUGAGGGGAAUAUUUGAGAAAUUGGCACUAGUCUCAACCGAUUUGGAUGCAAUGCAACAUUUGCUGAUUUUCUGCCACCAAGCGGUUGCGAAAUUCAAAAAGGCAAUGCUUUCGAGUGGCGUUGAUCUUGGAAACGUUCUCGCAAUAGCUGCAAGAGCUUCGAUGCAGGAACAAGAAAAUAUUACUGCGGCAAAAGAUGAAAGUCAACGUGUGCUAGUUUACGUGCAACGAGCAUUCCUUCAGUUGCUCUACACCGUAAUUGUCAGCGAUUGCAUUGAAUCGCUUUCUGCGACAACCGGCCUGCUUGAGCAUGUGCUGGAAGCCGCCGCGAGACUCGCUCUUUCGACCGAUCAGACUUCGCAGAAGGUUGCUCUUGCAUGUCUUGCAAAAGUAUCACAAAUUCUACCCAAUUGGUCGGCGAAAACUCUUCGAAUCGCUUUGGAAGUCCCUUCGUUGUCGCACAUAUCACCAUCGGAUGCGGGCAGUUCAAUAGUUGUUCACGAAGUGUGCUCGACUUUGGUUGCUCUUUUACAAACCGAUCCAAAUGGAUUCUCGUGUGCAAUUCGUGAGUUGCUCCCUAGCGGAUUUUCUGAUCAACUUCUUAAUUUGUUGACAUCACUGAAAGGAAAGAAUCUGGACAAGGAGGUUAUGAAUCUCUACGCUGGCAUUCGUGCUCAACAGCGACAAUAA